UGAGACCGGGCUCCAUCGUCUCCUGUUUAUGGUUGAAUUUACGGAAAAUCACGUAACGGAUAGAAAGCACGCCUGUGAUCGAGUCGAUGUGAGCUUGAGCUGCAUUUUCAGAAUGCCAAACUAACGGUACUCUAUAUUUGUUUAAUCUCGGCUCGUCCAGUGAAGCAGGAAGAAGCUCCGUGUGUAAACAUGAGGGAAGCAGGAAGUGUUCCGUCGCUCUGAGCGAUGUCUGUUUUGACCCGGCUGCUCGCCACUCUGGGAAAAGCCACCGGGAUACUCACGCUUCUGGUGGCGCUCGCUGCGGUGCUUCUGACUUAUUUCGAAGACGCUGAUCCGGUUAAAUACACCAGCAUGGCUGCUGAGGACAUGAAGACCCUGGAGGAGAACUUCAGGCAGCAGAAUAAAAGCUGCUUCAUCCUGGGUGCCUCAGGGGAAACAGGCAAAUUGUUGCUCCAAGAGCUCGUGGAGCGCAACAUCUUCUCCAAGAUCACACUCAUCGGAAGGAGGCUGCUCACCUUUGAGGACAAAGCUUAUGCAAACCUGGUACAAGAGGUAGUGGAUUUUGAGAAGCUCGAUGACUAUGCUGCAGUCUUCCAGGGCCAUGAUGUGGGUUACUGCUGCCUGGGGACAACCAGAGCUAAAGCAGGAGCUGAUGGGUUUGUCCGAGUUGACCACGACUACGUUUUGAAGUCGGCGGAGCUGGCCAAAGCAGGCGGCUGCUCCCAGUUCCACCUGGAGACCUCCAGAGGAGCCAAUAAAAACAGCAGCUUCCUCUACCUCAAAGUCAAGGGUCAAGUGGAAGCAGAUGUUGAGGCGCUGGAUUUCGACAGAUAUUCUGUUUACAGACCUGGGGCUCUGUUGGUGGACAGGCAGGAGAGACGGCCUGCCGAGUGGAUUGCCUUGAAGUUCUUCAAGGCUUUAGCCUCCGUCGGCUCCACUUCCAUGUCCGUCCCAAUCCAAGCUGUGGCCAAAGCCAUGGUGUCCAACACUCUGCUCCAACCUGAGAAGAAGAGCGAGAUCCUGGAGAACAAAGACAUUGCAGCUCUGGGAAAAAGUGCAAAGAAAUAAGAGAGCGAGGAAUGCAAUCAGGUGAUUUAAUCACAUCUGAGAUGACGACAUAUUGCAGUGCUUAUUGCAUCGCCAUCAUCUUGUCAGAUGAUUUCCAUGGAAUGUAUGAAUGAACAUUUAGAUUUUCCUAGCAAUAUUCUGACUUUGUGUGUUUGUAAGGAAAACAGCCUUUGACUGCAGCGCUUGAUGUUUCCUGUAAUUUUACAUUGUUGUGGAAUGGGAUGUAUCGCUGUGCCUUUCUAUAUCAUUUAUGACUCACCGGAUCAUUGCCUUAAAGUGAACAUUUAUUGUAUUGCUCUUGACUUUAUUAUUAAUUAAACUGUAUUUAUAUAAGGAAUAUCUGAUCAUCACUACUUCAAUGAUGGAAAAACAUCUAUAUAAUAUAUGUGGUUAAAAUCCCUCUUAAUGUGUGAAAUCUUGCAGUUAAAUGCUUCUUUCUUCCCAGAUUAUUUUGAAUGUUUGUAAUGGAUCAGCAAAGAGGUGAUUUCAAAAAAAAAAGAAUUGAUUGGGUGAACAGGAUUUUGUUUAAGUCAGUCUUAAGUUAAAUCCCUCCAAUUCAUUUGCAAUUUGGACGAUUUUUAUUAUUUUAUUUUAAAUUAUUAAGGUAAGUGAAGCUCACUGCAGAAUAGCAUGUGCAUGCAAGAAUAUUUAGAAUUACCUUUUUAUUGUUGAUUGGUUCUUAUUUAUUUCCUCAUUGUAUGCUUGUUUUUGUUGAUCACUGUAUUUUUUUUUUUCUGUAAGGGAAGUUGCUUCAAUUAAACUUUACUUUGUGCCUAUUGAGA